AUGCCGAGGUCCACCUUGUCAGUCAUUUCCUUUUGUCAUCGGCUUGGCAAACAGGAGAGAAAAUGGAGCUUCAUGGGAAGCACCAGCAACAGUUCGUCUCACUCACCAUUUCCAAAGUUGGAAUUAGGCUUGGUGUCCCGGCCUGUGGAACCCCAGGAGCUCCCUGCCUGUGCCAUCUGCCUGGAGAGGCUGUGUGAGCCUGUUUCACUCAACUGUGGCCACAACUUCUGCACUGAGUGCUUCAGCACGCACCGCGUCCCAGGCUGCCAGCUGCCCUGCUGCCCCGAGUGCCGCAAGAUAUGCAAGCAGAAGAAGGGGCUCCGCAGUCUGGGAGAGAAGAUGAAGCUGUUGCCACAGAAGCCACUGCCUCCUGUGCUACAGGAGACAUGUGAUGUGAAGGCUGAGCCACUGCUGCUGGUGCGGAUCAGUGCUUCUGGGGGUCUCAUCCUCAGGAUGGGGGCUGUCAACCGUUGCCUGAAACAUCCUCUGGCCAGGGACACUCCAGUCUGCCUUCUCUCUAUACUGGGGGAGCAGCGCUCAGGGAAAUCCUUCCUCCUCAACCACUUGCUUCAGGGCUUGCCAGGCCUGGAGUCGGGCAAGGGUGGCUGGCCAAGAGACGGAGGGCCCCCGCAGGGGCUCAGGUGGGGGGCCAGUAGCCUCACCAGGGGCAUCUGGAUGUGGAGCCGCCCCUUCCUGCUUGGGAAAGAAGGGAAGAAGGUGGCUGUGUUCCUAGUGGAUACUGGAGGCACCAUGAGCCCUGAACUGAGCAGAGAAACCAGAACCAAGCUAUGUGCUCUCACAGCCAUGCUGAGCUCCUACCAGAUCCUUAACACCUCCCAGGAACUAAAAGAUACAGACUUGCAAUACUUAGAGAUGUUUGUCCACGUGGCUGAGGUGAUGGGCAAGCACUAUGGGAUGGUGCCAAUCCAGCAUCUGGAUCUCUUAGUUCAUGACUCAUCCCGUCCAAAAAAGGCAGGGCCGGGGCACAUGGGUGACAUCAUCAAGUUGUCAGGCAAAUACCCCAAGCUUCAGGAGCUGCUUCAAGGGAAACGAGCUCGCUGUUACCUGCUGCCUUCUGCAGGGAGGAAGUGGCCAGACAAAGGCCAUGGAAGUCCUGGUGAGCCAGAGGAGGAUUUUGGCAGCCUUCUUCAUGCCUACAUUGCGGAUGUGCUGAGUGCAGCCCCCCAGCAUGCCAAGAGCCGCUGCCGGCAGCCCUGGAGUGAGGGACGAGCCAUUGCACGGGCGGACAGAUGCCUGCUCACUGGGCAGCAGUUAGCUCAGGAAAUCAAGAACCUCUCAGGCUGGAUGGGGAGGACAGUGCCCAGCUUCACCUCUCCAGAGGAGAUGGCUGCCCAGCUGCAUGACCUAAGACAAGUGGAAGCUGCCAAGAAGGAGUUUGAGGAAUUCGUGAGGCAGCAGGACUUGGCCACCAAGCGCAUAUUCUCUGCCUUACGAGUGCUGCCUGACACCAUGCGGAACCUGCUGGCUACCCAGAGAGAUGCUGUUCUAGCGAGGCACAGCAUGGCCUUACAGUGCCAAGGGAGAGAACAGACCUUGGAGACCUUGGAGGCAGAGCUGCAGGCCAUGGCCAAGGUCUUCAUGGACACUUAUACAAUGCGGUUCUGUGGCCACUUGGCAGCUGUAGGGGGCGCUGUUGGUGCCGGGUUCAUGGGUCUGGCAGGUGGAGUAGUGGGUGCAGGCAUGGCGGCAGCAGCUCUAGCUGCAGAGGCUGGCAUGGUGGCAGCUGGAGCUGCAGUGGGGGCCACUGGAGCAGCUGUGGUGGGAGGUGGCGUGGGUGCUGGGCUGGCUGCCACUGUAGGCUGCCUGGAGAAGGAAGAGGAUGAGAGAGUUCAGGAAGGGGAUCAAGAGCCCCUUCUCCAGGAAGAGUAG